AUUUUUCUGAGGAUAUUGUAAAAACUGUAUUUACGAAAGAAAAAUAAAUUAAAGGCACCUAAAUAUUGAUUGAUCUGGUGUGUGAUUAUAAGAUUCUUGCUAAACCAUGGAUCUCAACCUCAUAGAUAAGCUGCGACUUCUGAAAAUCGACACAGAACUUCGUCCGCAAAUAAAAAUGAAACCGAUGAGUCGCUACUACUUCAUCACAUCCACCAACCCUGGCGAACAGUUCUACGUGUUUGCCUCCACCGCCGCUUGGCUCAUCAGAAAGGCUGGGAAAGACUUCGAGCAACCAAACGAGGAAGAUGACCCAAAUUCCAUAAUAGCUGCUAUACUCGACUACCUCAGAGAGAAAGAAAUAGCAGUAGACUUCUCGUCUCACAAACUAAAACAAGGCUACGGUGAGCAAGUGUGUUAUAUUCUAAACACUUUAGCAGAUGAAGCCUUGAAGAAAAUCAACUUUGAAUGGCAAAUGCCUAUCGUCGAUAUCCCUGAAAGCGAAGAGAACGUCGAAGAUUUAGAUCAAGUUGAAGAUGAGACGGAAAUAAUCCUGGAUAAAGUUGAAGAAGAAAUGGCUAUUUACUCCGAAGAGUCAGAUGGUGAGUACGGCAAUGCAGAGGAAAAGGAGACUAGUAAUAUAGCCAAUAAGGUCCACGAUUGGGAAGCAUGGAAACUGGAGCUGGAACGAGUGGCUCCAGCUUUGAGAUUGAAGAUUUCUGCUGACGGCCGAGACUGGAGAGCUAGGCAUUCCCAAAUGAGAACGUACAGGGAUGAAUUGUUUGAUAGGUACAAGACAACUGGGACGCAAUUGACCAAAUUACACACGAACAUUAGUUCUGUUAUGGACAAGAUUUCAGCUAGGGAGAAUAUUAUCAAUGAACAGUUUGAGCCGUUAGUGAAAGAAUAUGGUUCUCUUCUAGAUGAGCUGAAUAAAGUAACUCAUGAAUAUAAGGAAGUCAGUGUUGGUGUGACAGAGAGACAAGAGAUGUUGAAUGAUAUUACUGCUAAGGUAGAAAAUAUAAAGCAGAGAACCGAAUCCAGGGGUUCAUCCAUGAAUGACAACUCUCCUUUAGUUACCGCAAAGAAAGCUGUGACGAAUUUGAAGAAGGAUAUCCAGGAGAUGGAUUUCCAGAUUGUAGUGUUACUUUGGAUGUUGACAACGAAAGAGAACCCUAACAGUAAUAAUAUUAUUGCAAACGCUGAAUCAAGAAUGGUUACUAACGAAGUAUAUUAAUUAACAUAACAUAGGGGUUCUGCAAGGAACAGUUUUAAGUCC